AUGAAAAUACUACUGCAGCUACUUUUGGGCACUUGCCUGGCUAAUCUAGAGCCGUUGUUCUUUGACUUGAACGGCCGAGAGACACGAUGUUUCAUUGAAGAGAUGCCUAACGAGACGAUGAUGACAGGAAAAUACCAUGCAAAGAUCGUAACAACAGCCACGGGAAUGAUUUCGGAAACAACUCCUGGUUUGGGAAUGCACGUAAAAGUCACCGAUCCCGAAGGAAAAGUGAUAAUGGACAAAAACUACGGCUCGAAGGGAAAAUUUGCUUUCACAACUCAUACUCCUGGAAGUCAUAAAAUGUGCAUUAGUUCGAAUACGACGAAAUGGACCGAGGAGCAUGGAGCUUAUGGAGCGCAGAGGUUGAGGAUUGAUAUUCAGUUCCACAUAGGAGAAGAUCGACAGUAUUACAAGCGAGUGGCUAAAGACGAUAAAUUAUCCGAGCUUCAACUUCACGUCGUAAAACUUGCCGAUCAACUUUCCCAAAUCUCCAAAGAGCAGGAUUUCCAGCGCUACCGAGAAGAAGGUUUCCGAAAAAUCAGCGAAAUCCUCAACUCGCGCGUUCUCUGGUGGGCUGUCAUCCAAAUAAUGCUCGUCGUCUGCGUCGGUCUUUGGCAAACGACUCACAUGCGCGGCUUCUUCCUCAAGAAAAAACUUGUUUAA